AUUUUAUUAAUAAAGGUUAUAAUGAUUUUUUAAUAUAAAAAUACUAGGAUAAUUUUUAAUUCUUGUAAAAAAGCUUAUGUAGCAGGGUAAAACAGAACAAAGAGUAACUGUAAACAAAACUCUCACGAUCUUCGUAUUCUCCGUCCGAUCUCUUAUUUUAACCUCUACGCUCUCUCUCUCCUCUUGCGGCAGUCUUCCUCUCCUCUCACACUCUUUUUCUCUCAUUUUUCUCGCUCUGCAAUGGCUUCCAGCACUGGAUCAUCCAUGUCCGUCAAGUGCUGUCCUCAACGUUGUCUUCGGAGCUCGUUGAUCUACAACAAUUAUGCUCUGAAGUCGUCAGUGUCAUUCGUGAGGACAAAUCCAAGGGCACCCCUUCGCUUCCGGGUCUCUUGUGCUGCUAACACAGAGACUGUCAACAAGGUCAGUGCUAUCGUGAGGAAGCAGUUGGCUUUGACAGAGGACAGGGAAGUUACUGGUGAAACAAAGUUCUCGGAACUUGGUGCUGAUUCACUUGACACAGUUGAGAUUGUGAUGAAACUUGAGGAGGAAUUUUGUGUCACUGUUGAGGAAGAGAGUGCCCAAAAUAUCACAACUAUUAAAGAAGCUGCAGAUCUUAUCGACUCACUCAAGAAGUAGAUCCCUCCAUAUUAACAUGGAUAAAAAUGCUGGGGUUGUAGGAUUCAGUAUUUAAAAUUUUUUUCUUUUGGUUUUCCCCAUAAUGCGUGUUCUUUUAGAUUAGACUUCAAGUUCAACAUUUUGACGAGUAUGCCAAAACGGUCAUCUUGAGUUGCAUGUUUUCAGCAUAAAUUAAUAUAUAUUGCCUCCGAUUAAAAAAAUCAAUGCUCGAUGGUUU